ACUUUCUGUUCAGUGGAAAUGAAACUGAAAGCAGAAACAGCCUCUCAGCCCUCAGCAGCAGAGCGGGAAAAUAGACAGAGGCAGGGCGGGAAACUGGACAGACAGGGCGGCAACAGGGAACGCUGCAGCAGAAAUGAGCCUCCAGGUUUGUCACUGUGGUUGGUCCAAAGUGACAACUCCCCACGGCCUGAGGAUUCACCAGGGGAGGAUGGGAUGUACCCUGAAAAGUGCCAGAGAUGCAGAGACACCAAUGACCCAGCAGCGGUGCUCAUGGGCAGCUGUGGAGCUAAAAUACAGUCAGAAGGAGCUUGUGCUGGACGGCUAUGCCUCCUUCAAGAACGAUAGAGCAGACUACUACUCUGACGAAAGUCUCCAGGUUUGCCACUGCGGCUGGUCCAAGGUGACAACUUACCAAGGCUUGAGGAUUCAUCAAGGGAAGAUGGGCUGCACCCCUAAGGGAAUGAGGAUCCCAAAGCGAGAGCAGUAUGAUGGGAGACAUAUGUGGGGAAAGGAAGAGGAACGUGAGAAAUCUCAGCCAAUUAAGAGAGGCAUCAAGCAGGAGAUGCCUCAGUCACCAAUCGUGAACAUCUGUGGCGCCACAAUCAAGGAGGAAUACAACAUAUCUGUAGCGUUGUCCCAUUACUCAUCUCAAAGAGACAUCCGUCCAAAGGUGAAAAGAUCAGACAGGGAGCAUCCACCAACUCACAGAGAAGCAGUCGUGCGACCCAAGGAGGAAAAAGUAAAGCGUCAGUCCUUAUCACAGAAAGCAGAGAGCAGACAAAUGAUCAGGACCUGCUUCCUUACUGACUACGCAGCAGCAGCUACCAGAAUUAAAGAGGAGCCCGAAUCACCUUCGAUGAUGUCCUUGUAUUUGUCUCAAGAAGCUGCAACCUCAGCAAAAAAUCAUCAGUUGCAGGAUUUCUCUACUGAUCCACUAAAUUUGCAGGUGAACCACAUGUACAGGGAGGCUCCAGCUCCCGCACCAGCAGUUAGUCAUGAAGACAAAGUCAGGAAAGAAAGAAUGUUGAUGCAGAACGCAUCAGUGCCAUCAAGAGAUAUCUUGGAAAGAGCAGCCACCAUCAGGGAGGAACGCAGACAAUCGUUUCCAAAUCCACAUCGCUCCCUCCCUCGACUCCCAGACUCAGAGUCAGGUCGUCAGCUGCAGGAUUCCUCCUCUGAGAUCAGACCUGCAGCAGCAGAGCUCCAGCCCAAGGACAAACAUGGGAUGGAUCACAACCUGUCACAGGAUGUACACACUUCAAAAAAACCCAACAUCCAACUGCACGUAGCUGCAGAAAAAGAGGAUUCCAGACCACAGACAGCAAAUGAAAUCCCAGAGCCUGACGCGUCCUCUGGAAUGACGGUGACGCAACUGGCCCAGAUGUUUUCAGCCAACGCAGGCCACGAAGCCACAGGCCGACCUCAGGGGAAACAUGGAGAGGAAUCGAAAGUGGUGAAACCGGGGAAGUUAAACGCUCCGAUGUUUACAGCCGCCACAGCCCAGAAAGCAACAAGUCAACCACACAAAGACAGAGAUAAGCCACAAACAUCACCGGCGACAGGUACACAAAGUGCUGAAAGCCAGAGGAGCUCCACAGCAACUGAGGAUCCCAAACCAUCCUGUGAAACUGAACCGAGCUCAGGUUUCAUCACUGGUGUGAGGGUUAAGGACCUGGCACGCUGGUUUUCAGCUGCCGCACAACAGGAAACCGUUCAGUCGAACAAGAAACAGGAAGAGGAACCGAAGAUGUCACAGGUAAAGCUGCGUCCCACGACAGCCUCGUCUAGCGCAGCUCAGGAGAUUAAAGCUUGCACAGAGGACAAACAGGUGGCAAAGCAGACACAGACCAACGGGCGUCCUGGUCAGAGAGGCCGCGAUGCCCUGAAGCUGGAGCUGGACCUCAUCUUCUCAGAGGUGGUGGAAGUUGUACAGGAGUCUCAGCACAAGUCCCACGACCUCCCGCUGUGCAGCCUGAGAACUGCGACGCUCGCAAUGAUGGAACUAAUUCAGCAGAAACUAGACAAACUGUCCUCCGUUGAACUCAAGUGGUUUUCCAAGUUUUCAGUGGACAUAACGCUGGAUCCAACCACUUCACACCGAUGCCUCGUUUCUGCCGACGGGCUCAAAGUGACGGCCGGCAGACAGAACCAGGAAGCUUGUGAUCCCGGAAGUUCUGGCGGCGUGUUGGGCCUCAACAGCUGCAGCGACAGGUCCUACUGGGAGGUGGAGGUCAGCAGCAGGACUGGGUGGGACGUGGGCGUAGCCAGUGGCAACGCAAACCAGCGGGAGAAACCGGCUCUGAGCCCAGAGACCCGGUUCUGGGUGGUUUCCCAUGACGAGAACCAGGAGUACGCAGCCGUGGCAGCGCACGCCUCUCGCCUGUCCCUCAGAGAGAAGCCACAGAAGGUGGGCGUGUUUGUGGACUACAAGGAAGGCCGUGUGUCCUUCUACGACGUGGGAGCUCAGUCUCACAUCCACUCCUUCACCCAGUGUGUAUUCACUGGGGAGGUCUUCCCCUAUUUCAGAGUCCGCCCGAAACAGGACGGUUCAGCUGCCGAUCCGCUCACCAUCUCCCCUGUCAAACACCACUAGUUCUGACUGUAUCAGUACUGGUCAAGCCUCAGUGAUUGGUUGAUACCUUUGUGAGCAAAUUAUUUUUGUAUACGUAUAUUUUCUAAGCGUUUGAUAAGCAUUUUCUAUUCAGUGUUCAUAACUUUGUAUUUUAUUCCUCUUUUUAAUCCCCCAAACUACUGUAACUGUGGUUCUUUCAUAAAUAAAAAGCUAAAUGAU